UUUGUCCUCCUCAUUCAUGUUUUCCUACCAAUUAAUUGUAUAAACUUGUCAAAUAAAUCUCAAUCUUUUUCUCCAUUUUCUCUCUUUUUUUUCCCCAAAGAUGGGCAUUUGUACCUCUCAAAUGACCAAAAGAAAUGGCAACUUCCUUUCUUGGAGACCUACAAUUAUGAUCAUUCAUCUUAAUGGUAGAUUAGAAGAGUUCAACCAACCAAUUAUUGCAUGCCACGUACUCUCUCAACACAGAAAUUGUUUUCUUGCAAGUUCGGAGUCAAUGUACGUUGAUUCAAUUGCUCCUCCUAUUCCAUAUGAUGAAGAACUCGAACUUGGUCAGAUAUACUUUCUCUUACCACUUUCUCAAGCCCAUAAAGUCCUUUCUUUAGAGGACUUAUGUGGGUUAGCUAUUAAGGCUAGUAUAGCACUUGGGUUCACUAAUAUCAAAAGAAGUCCAUCUAAUGUUGCCAAAAUAGUUGCUCAAGCUCGUAGCUCGUGUCGGGUUCUAAGUGGGUUUGAUGCCAUUGGCGCGCUUAACCCUCAGGCACGCCGAGGUAGCCGGAGAGUUGGGUUUUAGGUUUUUUUUUUUUUUUUAGUUUGAAGUAACCCAUAAAAAAAAAUUGUAAAAAGUAUGCAACCAUUUUUUUUUGGGGUGGUGGUUGUAAGCUUAUAUUUGAUGGGACGAAAAACAAUGUGUAUUGUCCCCAAGGAGAUGCAAUAUUGUUAUAUGAAAUGUAAAAAUGAUCAACAAUUAUUUUAUUUUUGGUCUGCAUGAAUUCAGGGGGAUUCGACAAUAUGUGACAUAUCGUACACAAGCCUCCAGUCUCGACCAUAAUUGCCAACUACGCCCACUAGGCUAGAAAUUGGCCACCAAAUUAAUCAUUUAAAAGUUCACAUAUAUGUAUAACAUUUAGUGGCACAUUAUGGGCAGCAAAUAUUAGUUGUUCUUAUUGGUCUAGUUUUAUGCAAAAGGCCAAAAUGGGGAAAUCCAGUGAUAGGAAAAAGGGAUGGAAAAGUUGUAACAAUUUGUUAACUUUUUUUAUAUCAAUUAUUAGCAACUAU